CAUCAUCAGCCAUCUCCUCUUAUCUCUCUCUCUCUCUAUAUAUCUAAAUUCUCACGGGCUCUUAUUUUUUUGGAAUUAUUUUUUUUCCCGUAAUUUCUAAUGUUCGUUCGAGAUUUGUCGGAGAAAAUUUCGGUAAAAUGUUGAAAUUUGUGAGAAUUAUUUAAAUAAUAAGAGAGAGGUCGUCAUUCUUUUUUUUUUUCCUCUCUUUGCAAAUUGAAGAAAUGGAAUCUUCGAAAGUUGAUAUUUGCUCUUUUCUUGGGAUUUGAAUGCUUUUUUAUCCUGGCUUCAAGAAUCUGUUUGAAUUUCCAAAUUUUCCUUCUAAUCUCUGAACAUGUCGGAAGCUGAGAAGAAAGAAAACGGAGAGAUCCACCGGAACAUUCAUCAACGGAUCCCUAGAGAUCUGUUGCAGAGGUUCAUGACCAAAAACCAGAAACCGUCGAUUGAAGAUGGAGAGGUAGAGAUUGAGUUAGACUUAGGGCUUUCUCUAAACGGUAGGUUCGGUGUGGACCCACUCGCCAAGACGAGGCUCACGAGGUCUUCUUCGAUUCCUGAUUUCGUGGUCAACGAUGGUAGAUCGGAGCUGAGUAGGACUUGCUCGUUGCCGGUGGAGACGGAGGAGUGGAGGAAGAGAAAGGAGUUGCAGAGCUUGAGGAGACUCGAGGCCAAGAGGAAGAGGUCAGAGAAGCAGAGAAACGUUAGGGUACUUAGGGAGAAACACAAAGCUGGAGGAGGAAAAGGAGAAGACAAGAUCGUAGAAGAAGGAUCUAUUGGUUCUUCUGGAAGUGGCUCCUCUGGUUUGUCUGAACUCGACACCCUCCCUACUCCUGUUCAAGCAACAACAAACAAGUCCCUGGAAACAAGUCCUUCGAGUGCUCAAUCUCUGCCGGAGAAUCCGGCGGCACGGAACAUCAUAGAAGACAUGCCAUGCGUGUCAACAACGGGCGAUGGACCGAACGGGAAAAAGAUCGAUGGGUUUCUGUAUCGGUACAGGAAAGGUGAGGAGGUGAGGAUUGUGUGCGUCUGCCAUGGAAGCUUCCUCUCGCCUGCAGAGUUCGUUAAACAUGCCGGUGGUGGUGACGUGGCACAUCCCUUAAAGCACAUCGUUGUAAAUCCAUCCCCCUUCUUGUGACCACUAUGGUCUCUUUGGGACAGUUUCUCUUUUUACCAGAUUGUUGUAUCGGAGUUUAUGGAACAAUGUCACAUAUUCUCAUAUCUCGAGGUGUAUAAACAAGAAAUUUCUCGAACUCGCGAUUUCAGAUUUUAUACAGAAAUGAAUAAAUCUAAUUCCUUCUUGUUUUAAGCUGGUAUGUGUGGGG